UUAUAUAUUAUCAUGAUUCUCAUCUACACAACACACACACGAACACACACUCACCUACAUGUGUAUAUUUGUCUUGUUGGUUGCGUCUCGUCAAUUUCUUGAUAAUGCAAGUCUUACUUUAAACAAUUACUACCAAUUUAGCUGCUUAGCUAGAGCCUAUAAACUGGUUCAUCAAGGUGGAAAGCUCUUUCAAGUAGUGAAUGAUUUGAUCUUGAAUGGUUUGUCAUAUCUGUGUUAACUUUGGAAUCAAAGGCCGGUGAAAAGAGAAAUAAAGAUGCGUGAAAUUCACAUACAUAAUGCUACUGAAAAAGGGGGAUAGAGUCAAAACUGGAGAGCCUGACUUGAUUGAUUUGAUUGUACUAGUGGGAUUCUUGUGUCGAGAAGGCUAUUGAGCAUUAUUGUCAUGCAGAAGAGAAGGGAACAUGUGGUGGUAACAGAGAUGGUUCAGGUGGGCUGCAAGUGGAAAUUGAAAGGCUUUUUUGCUCACCGACAUUGUCGUCCCAAAAAGAACCUCCUUAGGAAGAACCAAAAUCAGGAGGUUACUGGAGCAGAGCAUCAGAGGGGUAAAAGUUCUGCUCUGGGAAGUAAUUUGCAAGGGAUUAAGAGUGCCCCAAAAAACAAAGGUGAAGGAAUUGACGAUGAGAUAAAUGUGCCAAAACUGAUUCAAGAGAGCGAUGACAUGCACAAGUUCGCGUUAGAAAUCUUAGAUUCAAAUAAUGAGCUGUUUCUGAAAGUCCUAAAAGAUCCUAAUUCUCUGUUAGUAAAGCGAAUUCGCAAUGCAAGGAAUUUGCAGCAGGCAAAGAAAGAAACGGUUAAGUUACUGUACGAGAACAAGCUUGUUGAAUGCGGGAACAAUGCCAUUUCAAUAAAGAGUCAAAAGCCUACACAUCAUACUAACAAGUCAUUGUUAGAGAGGAUUAAAUUACAAUACGGAUGCCCUUCCACGGAUGCUGAGGUUCCAUCAACUUCAAAUUCUAUAGUUCUUUUAAAGCCAAGACAGACGAAACAUGAAAGGGAUAUUUUCCGGAAGCAUAGAAAUCUGGAGUCGAGCAAUAGAGCUACGGGUGGUAAAAAACUGCACUUACCAACUGUCAGCAGCUUUAACCAGAGAGAUAUUGAGGCAAAGAAGCACCUUUCUGAGAUGUUAAGAAAUGCGGAAAAUGUAGAACAUUAUACAGAUAAACAAGGACCAAGAACCUUGAAAAGCAUUCUUUCUUCACCACUCUCUUCACCAGUACAUGAAUACUCCACAGCUUCUAAUCAAGAAAAGGGUAUGGAUGCUUCUGUUUGCCCACAACGGAUACAAUUCUCAUCUUGCAGCAACUAUGAGUUUGCAAGGGACGAUAACAGUUCACCACUUCAAAAUUCAGAAGUUGCAGCAAGUUCAACUCUUAUGAAACUUACUGGUGACUCACCAAUUGUCAGGUUCACGAAAGAGAUUACUGAACCUGUCUAUUCAAGUGAUGGUUUAAGCUAUGAAGCUUAUGCGAAUGACAUGGAAAUGAAUGAUACAAUCAUAUCAGAAGGUUUAGAUAUUUCAGAAGCAGCCUGUGCUGAACAAAGUUCCACUUUUUUUGAGUGUCCAAUACAGGACUUUUGGUUGGAGAACAAACCCUUAAAUUCUUCAUCAGUUGUUUUCUCAUCAAACCCAUGGACUGAACGCGAAGAACACCCGAGUCCCAAUUCUGUACUAGAGGCGUUAUUCACCAAGGAUUUCACUGGCCUCAGCAGCAACACAAAUUGUUCAGCUAUAUCACAUACGCGACCUCAUCAUACUGAUGGCAAAGAAGCUUCACUUGUAAAAGACCACAUACGGAAUCUUCUGCAGACUACUGAACUGCACUGGGAAGAAUUAUCAAAGAAAUCGCACCCCUCAAUCCAAUUACUCAACAUUUCUUCACUCGUCGAACACACACUUUUCCUGGAUUUCAUCAAGGACAUCUUACUAGAGUUACAUCAAUGCCAUUUUGAUUUCUACCCUCGGGUUCCAUCCAUUAGACAAAACACUCUAGCUUCUUUAGUACUAGCCAAGAAUAUGAUGGAAGAGUUUAUGGAAGAAAUUCAGUGGUAUCUCGUUCCACCAGCGAUGCCACGAACAUUAGAAGACCUCGCAAUCAAAGACACCAAGAAAGAUGAAAUCUGGAGUGGCAGGAAGCUUGAGACUGAAGAAGUGGUGACUCAACUAACUGAUUGUAUGUUGGAAGAACUGAUAAUGCAGACCACUUAUGUUGGUGAAAAGUAGGAUCUCUUACUGUAACUUAACUCGGCUUCUAACCUAUGAAUAACAUUGAAAACUUGUCCUGUUUA